CUCCACUCCACAAAGAGGCACAAAGAUGCAGUCUGUCUGUGUGUGUGUGUGACAGAUUCAAUCGGGCUCAAGUUUUAAGUACUGUGUCUGGUCACACGUCACUUCUUGCGGUUAAGGCGACAUGCUGUAUAAUGGGGUGACGGCACGUAGGAGGGAUUAUUCAUAGCGACACUACCUGCCUUGUUCUGCUCUGGAUUUUCACCACUGCUUUCUGCAAUAACAAUGAACGGUGAAUAUGAUUAUGAAAGUGAGCCAACACAAGCCUGGACAUCACCACCAGACUAUUUGUCUAAUGAGACAGAAGACUAUGAGCCGGGUUUCUGUCAAAAGAGAUGGGUCAGGGACUUCCGUGGCUCCUACGAACCCCUCCUCUAUUGGUCCAUCUUCGUGGUAGGAGGUGUGGGCAACCUACUUGUCGUGUGGAUCUACACCACCGUCAAACACCGCCUCAAGACCAUGACCGACGUCUACUUGCUCAACCUGGCCAUCGCUGACCUCUGCUUCCUGGGUACCCUGCCUUUCUGGGCCACAGACGCCACCCAGGGCUGGGUGUUCGGCUCUGUCGUCUGCAAGGUAGUCUCUGCCGUCUACAAGAUUAACUUCUUUGCCAGCAUGCUCCUGCUCACCUGCAUUAGCGUGGACCGCUACAUCGCCAUCGUCCGCGUGACCCAGGCCCAGAACUUCAAGAGCAGGCGGAUGUUCUACAGUAAGCUGGCCUGUAUGGUCGUGUGGUUGCUCUCCUGCCUCUUUUCUCUGCCUGAGUUUCUGUUUGCUGAGGUUAGGCAAAGUUCAAGCGGUGAUUCUUGCAGCCUGGUCUAUACCGCCAACAACAAUAACCUCACCAAAGUCCUGGUCCUGUGCCUGCAGAUCUCUGUAGGCUUCUGUCUUCCUCUGCUGGUCAUGGUGGCCUGCUACUCGGUGAUCAUCCGCACUCUGAUGCAAGCUCGCAGCUUCGAGAAGCACAAAGCUCUUAGGGUCAUCUUUGCCGUGGUGGCGGCAUUCGUGAUCUCCCAGCUGCCGUACAACAGUCAUCUGGUCGUAGAAGCGGCGCAGGCUUACAACACAACCAUGACAGAUUGCAAGACCGUUAUAGCCUUUGACAUUGCGGGUCAGAUCGUGAAGAGUUUGGCCUAUACGCACUGCUGUCUGAACCCUAUCCUGUACGCUUUCAUCGGGGUGCGCUUCCGGAAGGAUCUGCUGCACCUCUGCCAGUGCUUGACCAGGAUGGGUGGCAUCAACAAGCUUCCAGCGGUUCCCAAGAGACCUUCUGUCAUGUCUGAUACGGACACCACCCCUGCACUGUCUUUGUAACCUUCUAGUGUUAACCAAUGACGUACUAAGCAGUUUCCAGUUCAUAUACUCUCUUCAGAGGCUGGACAGUCACCAAUAACCGUU